GCAACAUCUUUGAGCAUAUUCUCGGCCUCCAUCCUAUAAAACAAACAGACAAGAGGAAUAAUCAUACCCAUUCAUAUCCGAAUCAUGACAACUAGACCCAUGUUUCGAAAUGACCUCCACGGUGUUGAUGCGUAUACACGGCAUAAAAAGCUUAUCAAAGAUUAUGUCCUGUUUUACAAUCAAAAAGCACCCUCCACCACACCAGCCAACUAUCGGUCAGAACACGAUAUCAUACGCGAGCAUCACAAAUUCAUUCGAUCCGACGAUGACGAUACUACUGAAGAACCGUCUUGGGAGCAACGAGUAGCAAAAAAAUAUUAUGAUCAACUAUUCAAAGAAUAUGCCAUUUGCGACUUAAAGUAUUACAAAGAAGGCAAAAUCGCUCUACGGUGGCGUACCGAAAAAGAGGUCGUUUCAGGCAAAGGACAAUUCGUAUGCGCUUCCACACGAUGUGACGCCACUUCCAUGCUCAACAGCUGGGAAGUGAAUUUUGGCUAUGUAGAAGACGGGAUCAAAAAGAAUGAACUUGUCAAAGUACGCUUAUGCCCUGAAUGUUCCGACAAGCUCAAUUACAAGACUCAGAAACGGCUGGCCAAAGCACAGAAACAACAAGCGAAAAAACGAGCCCGGUCUUCCUCCGUUGAGGAAGGAGAAAGCGACCAUCGUCAUACAAAGCGCUCACGUGCUACUUCCAAAGAUAAGCAACCGCUGGAUCAUCCAGAAGACGAGACGAAUGAGGAACAAGAUACACGAAACCAAGAAACAAAGGCAAAAGAUGAAGCUUCUUCUAUAUGGAGCCAACCGAUCUCGGCCAAAGAAGAGAAAUCAAAAGAAGAAGAGUUUGAAGAUUACUUUGCGGAUCUGUUGCAAUAAAAAGGUUUCUGACUCUCUUCCUCAUUUAAGCAUAAGCGGUGUAGUCGGGAACCGCAUUAUCACCGGUGAUGGC